ACGUGCGCACGGCAAGGGAGAGGAGGCGGGGAUGGAAAACUGCGUGGGGUCGUGGGGGCCCCGGAGCGCGGUCUGCCUGAGCCGGUCCGGCGUCUGGACAAUGUUCGGGCUUCGCCGGCCGGGCCCUUCCGACCUCACUGAGGCUGCUGGUUCUCGGCUCCAUGUCCGUGGGAUCGCCGUCCCCCUUGGCGCGGCCACCCCCUCAGACACUCAUCGGGCGCCGUGGGCCCAGAGCAGCCAGCGCGAGGGUUGCAGGAAGGGACCGGGGAGGGUGUUGCUGAGGGGCUGAGUGCGCCUCCCACUACCCCCUCCCCUCGCGCCGCAGCCCCGCACUCUGGCGCCUGCCUUCGGGCUGCCUGUCUUCCCUGUGGGCGCCGCCCUCGCGCCCCGCCCUGUCUUGUCCCCGUCCCCCCAGCACCACCCCCACCUCCAGCCUCUGGACAGAGACAGCUGUUUGCGAUUUCCCAUUGCGGGGUGGCAGGGGUGGGGGGAGGGACGCCUGUCUGCCUCAGUUCCCAGCUGAGAAAUAUCCGGGGUGACAGCCCCACGGGCUACUUCUGGAGGUUGCCGUCCUGGGGGGGGCGGGGGCGGUUACCGGGCACAGUGAUAAGAAUGUUCUAGGAAAUCAACCUGGUUUGUUGUAGGAAAAUGCUACAAAUAGGACCAUACAUAAUUUCAUUUGUGAAAACUCGACACUUUCUGUCCUCUCCCAGGCUUCUUGAGUCUGAGAAUAAGGACCGCCCCCCCCCCCCCCCCAACUGCCAGGUGGGGAGCAACCGCUCACCAGCGCUCUGAGCCACUUCCCUUGUGGAUCACUGUCCACUCGCUCCCACGGGGAUGCUAGGCCUGGCUGGGGUCCUGGGAUUCUCGGACAAGGUGAGUAGACCCCAAAGGGAGUGGGGAAGGGCCGGCCCCUACUUUCCUGAGCCCCCAGUGCGGGCCUCGGGUGGGAGGCCCCUCUUCCCGGCUGCUCCCACUCGGUGGUCUGUGUCUCCCAGGCUUCAUGACUUGGGGCCGCGGCUGGAACCUCUCCGUGCAGGGGCCGUUUGUCCUGCUGGGCUUCCCGGGGCCGCGGGGACUACACGCGGGGCUCUUCCUGCUCUUCCUGGUCCUGUAUGUGCUCACGGUGGCCGGGAACCUGGCCAUCAUGUCCCUGGUCGGCGCGCACAGGCGCCUUCAGACGCCCAUGUACUUCUUCCUCUGCAACCUCUCCUUCCUGGAGAUCUGGUUCACCACGGCCUGCGUGCCCAAGGCCCUGGCCACCUUCGCCUCGCAGAGCGGAGCCAUCUCCUUCGCCGGCUGCGCUGCGCAGAUGUACUUCGUCUUCUCGCUGGGCUGCACCGAGUACUUCCUGCUGGCGGUGAUGGCCUUCGACCGCUACCUGGCCAUCUGCUUGCCGCUGCGCUAUGGCGUCAUCAUGACGCCAGGCCUCUCUGCCCGCCUCGCCCUGGGCGCCUGGCUGUGUGGCUUCUCCGCCAUCGCUGUACCCGCAGCCCUCAUCACCCGCCUCUCCUUCUGUGGCUCACGCGUCAUAAACCACUUCUUCUGCGACAUCGCACCCUGGAUUGCGCUGGCUUGCAGCGACAGGCGGGUGGUGGAGCUGGUGUUCUUCGGCAUCGCCUUCUGCGUCAUCCUGGGCUCCUGCUUCAUCACGCUCAUCUCCUACACCUGCAUCAUCGCCACCAUCGUCAGGAUCCCCUCUGCCCAGGGCCGGCACAGGGCCUUCUCCACCUGCUCCUCCCACCUUACAGUGGUCCUCAUCUGGUACGGCUCCACCAUCUUCCUGCACGUGAGGACCUCGGUGGAGAGCUCGCUGGACCUGACCAAGGCAGUCACGGUGCUCAACACCGUCAUCACCCCGGUGCUGAACCCGUUCAUAUACACCCUGAGGAACAAGGACGUCAAGGAGGCUCUGCGGAGGUGGGUGCAGGGAAAUUGAGCUCCGAGCCGGCUCUGCGGGGCUUGGCCACCCGAUUCUCCCGGCCAGGCCUCAGUUCUCGGCACCACUCUCUCUGCGUGGCUGGAAACGAUGCCUGAUAUCACUGUGUGGACGGGCGGCCCCCAGCCUGGCCCCGCGGAGUUUCCAUUCUUCUACAGGCCUUGCCAAACUGUACUCAGACCCUCAGGGUUCCAGGCGUGGAUUCCGGAAGAGAAAUGGGGACACAUAGCCCCCAAGAAGCACCAUACAUACUGCAGACUCCCACAGCCCUCUGGGCCCCAGGCACUGGACAGCCCGUGAGCCCCAGACCUGGUGAGGUGUGGGCUGUCGUGCCCUUAGAACUCCUCCCCCGUCAACACCUCAGUGAUGUGUCCUGAGUGGUCCCUCACUGGAGGCAGGGGUUGUUGGUGGCAGGGGUCGUUGGUAGGGGGAGGUUAACCAUGGAGGUGAGAACUCAGAGAAAGAUGUGAGUAGAUGUCUUCGAGGAAGCCUGGCAGUGUGUGGGGCUGUUUGGGGUCAGUGUGUGGGUUUGCCUCUGUUCGGGGGGCCUCGGAGCACACCCACCAGAUCUCUCCCCCUCCAGGGGCCUGGACUGCAGAACCUGUGGUGUCAGAGGGAGGGACUUGGUGUGGCCUCUGAGUGGGUCCUGCCCGCACCAUCUGAGGGGUCUGAAACUUCUGUGAGAGGCCUGGUCCGUCCUGACUGUCAUGUUUAUUCUCGGAGCAGCGCACGUGGGGUUAGAAGCCCAGGCUCCGAAGCUGGGUGUCUGGAUCCAGCCUUCUGCCAGCACGAUGCUGGAACCUCUGGUCUUCACUGGUCUGUACAUGGGGAUCGUGACCGUGUGGUCUUGAGGCCUCUGAGCACUGAGUGAGGUAACUAACGCGUCUCCAGUGCUUAGCACAGGGCCUGACGGGAGCAUGCGCUCCGGGCAUGUUGUUGUACUAUUAUUUUCAUGCUCAGCAGAUAAAAUAGUGCACAGGCUGUCCCCUUGCCUCCCUCCUGUCACUUCACACAGCGGUCAGACAGAACCGAUGGAUGCCGUGUCCUCGGCCCAGUGUCUACCCUGAUUGCCCAGCCACCAGGGACCUCGAUAGAACUGGAGCCUCUCCUGCAACCUGGACCAAGAAUGAGGCGGCUGCCUGGACUUGGCAGGGCUGUGUGGCACUGAGUGAGUUUUGGUCACGAGUCAGCCAGGAGCUGUGGCCACCGUAUCCAUCCAGGUCUCCAGACCCAGCCCCACUUCUCACCCAGGGACAGACACGAGAUAAGCCGAUUAAGCCAGCCCAGUGUGGCAGUAGGCUGAACCCAGCACUGCCGUGCAGAGGGUCCGCAAGCCCAGCCUGCCUGGUGAUGCUGGCCGUGCUCAAGAGGGGUCUGUGGGGCAUCCUGGGGGGUUUUUGGAGCUCACUACAGCUGGAGCCUACAGGGUCCGGCCCCUCUGGUGGGUGUGCUGCCCCCUCAGUCUUGGCUCAAGCACCACGUCUUGAGUUCCUGGAAGAGCUGCCCUCACCAGCAGCCUUGCUGGCUCCCCUGUGCACUGUGAGGGUCUGACGCCCAGGUCCUCAUCACCCUGUCCUGCUCUCUUCUCCAGAAGGAAGCCCCGCAGGGCAGGGGAUGGUUUAUUCUCUGCAGUGACCUGAUGCCUAGAUCAGGGCAGGCUCCCACAGGUGAACAUCAGCCCAGAGGGUCAAGGAGCCAUUUCCCACCAGUGGGAAGAAGUCGGGCUUCCUGGAGGCCCCCCUUUCCCGGAGCCAGAACAAGAAGACACAUUUAUGUCUCUUGGACUUGUACACUCAGUUAUCUACAGCUAAUGACAGUUGUGUCAUCUUUGUGCUUUUGUGAAGUUAUUUUCCAAAUAAUGAAUUAAAGAGCAUCCACUUUUAAUGGGUUCAUGUUUUGCUAAGCUGACA